AUGCCAUCGCCAGGCUUCCAAGCUAUAGUUUUGUGUGGCCCCGGGGUGUCGCUGACCACAUUCACCGCCAGCCCGGAAGACUUUCCCAAAGCCCUCGUUCCCAUAGCCAAUCGGCCCAUGGUAUGGUACCCGUUGGAUUGGUGCUAUCGCAUGGGAAUUACGAACAUCAAACUCAUCACCCCGCCUUCUUCAGCCGCGGCCAUCACCACAGCCCUUGCCCAAAACCCGCACCUCACAUCCCUUCCCCUCCCCAAGCCGGACCUCCUCGCCCCCUCCUCACUCUCCCAAAACACGCCGACCGCUGAAAUCCUCCGCCAUCCCGAAAUCCAAGCAGCGAUCAACGGCGACUUCAUCGUCCUACCCUGCGACCUCGUCUGUGGAUUACCCGGCGAAUCAUUGCUCGAAGCAUGGAUGAUCCACCAAGGUGGGCUGGGCGGAGCGAGCCUGGAAUCUGAGGGGUAUCGGGGGGCGAAAAUGGGGCUAGGUGGGGAGGGUGGUGGAAGGAGAGGAGGGUUAGGGGUAUGGUUCGAAACCAAAGGUGAGGACAGCGUCAAAGGUGCCGAGACGGACUUUGUGAUCACGACAUCCUUACAGCAACCCGCGGUGCCUCCACCAGAAGGCUCCCUGAGACCACACAUCUCGAAGCUGCUUUACGCCACGACGACGGAUACACUCCGCGAUAUUACCGAAGAGAAGAAAGGAUUUCCUAUCCGCCAUGGCCUGAUUGGCAAGCAUGGCCGGGUCAAAAUGCUCACCACCCACCGCGAUGCACACAUCUACUUAUUUCCUUACUGGGUCCUUGACAUGAUCAAGCGGAACGAACACUUCGACAGUAUCAGCGAAGAUGUCGUCGGCUGGUGGGCUAAAGCGGGCUGGCAAGAGGGUUUAGCCGAGAAGCUUCGUCUGCGCGAAGUCUUCGACCCGACACACUCCUCUGGGGAAGGCAGAGAUGGUGAAAAUGGCAUCCAUGCGAGUGGGAACAUCGAAGACGAAAUCGACCUGGCGAGCAUGAGCAGUACGAAUGUCAGCGCGCUCAAAGAGAGAGAGUCAGCAAAAGCACCCCUCUCAGUGCCACCAUUCCUAUCUUACGUGCACCCCACAACUACAGCCACCACCUCUUCACCCCUAAUUCGCCGCGUUGACACGCCUCACCUCCUCCUGCACACCUCCCUCCACCUCGCUACCCUCCCACCGUCAACAAACCCCCCACCAAACACAUAUGCCACAGGACCCAGCCCGCUGUCCCACUCCCAGAAGAUCUCCACCGACCCAUCGCUAAUCGCACCGCACACCAAUAUUCAUGCCCCAACAACCCUCAUCGCCCCAAACACAACAGUCGCCACCCAUUCUGUCAUAAAGUCCUCUGUCAUCGGCGCCAAUUGUGUGAUCGAAGAGGGGGUGAGGUUGACAGGAUGUUUGCUGAUGGACGGUGUUACCGUAGGGGAGAAAGCCGUACUGCAGGGUUGUAUUCUAGGAAGAAGAUCUGUAGUAGGCAAGGCAAGUAAUCUGAAGGAGUGCGAGGUUCAGGAAGGUUAUCAGGUGGAAGAGGAGACGGAAGCCAAAGGGGAGAAGAUGAUGGUUUUUGAGGGACUGGAGGAAGGACUGGGAGAGGAGGAAGAUGAGGCGGGUGGAGAGGGUAUCCUUCUUGGGGAUGAGUGA